AUGACAUCCACUUUACCUUCGAUUUCGCUAUCUACUGCAUCAUCUAAGCCGACCUCCAGCUCCACACGUUUUGUUGAUCCAGACCACCAUGAACUGAACCGGUUUGACAUGCGGUCUUACCCGUCGGGUUCUGCUGAUGCUACGCUUGGCUCGGACCACACCUCUGUGACUCCGGUGGCAAACGGCGAUGUUCCGCUAUCCACCGAUGCCAAAUGCGAGGGGUCUUGCAACGAUGUGAAGAAAGUGUUAUCUUUGGGCAGCGGAAAGGCAAGUUUGCCUUCUUCUGUUGCACCGAGCAUAGUGGUGGAUAAAUGGGACGACGAUUGGCUAAAAGAGCCCAAGUACAAGGAAUUGUACAAGCGUUCUGCAAAAUCGGCUUCAAAGGGCUUCGAACGGUUCUUUCUAGCCCAGGAGAUGAUGCCCUCUGAGACGGAGUCCUCAGGCUCAUCUAUAAGUGAGAUGAAAUCCGGUAUCAACUUCAAGGACCCAAACAAGAGAAAUGCCGUGUGGAAUAUGCAGUUCAGUCACGACGGCAAGUACAUGGCCACAGCCGGAGAUGACGGAGUCAUCAGAAUCUGGCAGGUUCUUUCGUCAGUCAUGGAUAGGCAUACAGAAGAGGACAAACUGAAGGGAGGUCUGGUAUCACCUUCUGAUGUUUCAUUUGUGGAUGAGGAUUUGGAGUUGGAUGGGUAUGCUCAUGAUUCAAAGAAGAGAAAGGACAAGCGUAAGAAGAAGGAGGAUUUUGCUCCGAUAUUCAAGUCGAGGCCGAUUCGAGAGUUUGUUUCUCAUUCUGACACAAUAAACUGUCUGGAUUGGUCAAAAAACAAUUUUUUGCUAUCUGGAUCCCAGGAUAAUACCGUCAAGCUGUGGCAUGUGGAUAGACCUGCCUGUCUUGCCACUUUCAACACCAAAGACGUUGUGACCUCUGUAAAGUUCCUUCCCACUGACGAUAGGUUCUUCAUAAGUGGUGGAUUGGAUUGUCGUGUUCUUCUAUGGUCUGUUCAGGAAAACGAGAUCAUCUACAAGCGCAACAUUCCCGAACUUAUCACAGUGCUGGAGUUCUCAACGGAUGGCGAUGAGAUAUAUGUCGGAUGCUAUAACGGAUGCUGUUUUAUUCUUGCAACUACAGGACUGGAUAUCACCGGUAUGUUCGAAAUUAAGAAGAAGAAGCAGACCCCUAAGAUUACCGGGAUGCAAGCACUGCUGUCUCCGGAUGGCGACAAGAAGCUAUUGAUCACAUCAGACGACUCCAGAGUGAGACUCUUUGGACAUGGCAGCGGGAAACUUGAAGUCAGAUACAAGGGCUUCCAGAACGAUCAUUCGGCAAUCAAAGCUUCCUCCAGCGAUGAUCUGCGAUAUGUGAUAUCGGGCUCUGAGGACGGAUGGGCCUAUGUAUGGUCUCUAAAAUUAGACGAGUUGAAAGAGCCAGGCUCUGCGGACAGGGACAAGUCGUUCUCGAAACCAUGGUUCAGUACUGGAUCCGGUGGGUUUAACCUCAAGUCCAUUUUCGGAGACGAGGAUUGUCUCUUCAAAAACAAAAACUACACAGCUUUCAGGUUGUUCCAGUCCAGGUGCAAUGUGGCGAUAUUUGCGCCUACAACCACAUCCAAGCUUCUGGAACUAAGCAAUGACCCAUUAUUUGAACUUUUCAACACAUUCUCAACACCUAAGCAGCGAGUGGGAUUGGAACUGGCUUCCUCCAUCAUCAUCACGACGGACAAUCACGGAAUGAUUCGCGUUUACAGGCGGGACUUUGCAUAUGGAGUACGCAAACCGUUACUCUCAAAGAAGUCCAAUGUACAAUUUUCAUUGGAUUCCGCAGAAAUUUCCACGUUACAUUCAUCCAGAUCUACCACAAGAAAUGGCACAGAAACAUCUUCAAUCAACAGGGCAGGAAGCCUUUCUGCAGCAUUGUCACGAGGGAGAUCGCUCACAUCAAAUUCUGUCAUCAAGGUUCAAAGUCUCAGUCCAAAUAUGCAACACAGUCACAUCGAUUCAUACUUCUCUCCUCUUGCUUCAACAGUGGUCACUUCCAGGAACGGAAACUCGUUUGAAGCUGAAACAGAUUCGGCACUCACCAAACCGGAAAGCAAAGACACAAAUCUUGGGAUUUCUCGUACGCCAACGCUGACGUCGCAACAGAGUGCACUCUCAGACGAACCCGAGGGAGGUUUGUCUUGUUUAAAUUGCGGUGGUCAAAAGUUUUCGGCAAAAAGUAUGACGGACAGAGGCGACAACAAGAUUGUGUUCUACUGCGAUCAUUGCGGGUACAGAUUGAGAUUGGAUUGA